CGUCCUUAUAGACAACGGCGUGGCAGCCACAAGCGGAUGACCAGUACAGACCCGACAGUUGGUGGGACGGCCGGCUUCCACAAACUGAGCCCUGGCAGGACUAGUCAUCCCUCAGCCAGAAUAUGCGGUUCCUUGUGGCCGAGAGGUAUCUAUGCGUCGGUCGCUCAGCGUGGGACGCUGGUCCAAGGUUGCGGAGGUCGCGGCGUGACUUGGACGAGGUUAUAAGACCAAUCUCCCUCGCUUCUGGCCAUCUCUUGUUUCCUCGACCAUACAGUAUUUCUAGUCAAACCCUGCCAAGCGGGUACAGAAACAUGGCACGAACUGUGGUUCCGAGCGUUGCGUUGGACCAGCCAAGCCCCUUUGAGGCAUGUCCUGGCAUGUGCCGACAAACUGCGCUGCUGGAUGCACCGUUAUUUGGCACCACGCUUCCGACUACACCGAGUAAUGCAGAGCUUCAUGUCGCGCAUCCACCGCGUGUUGAAAGGGUUCGGAUUCCUCGGGCCAUCGCGUUGUCCGAUCGCAGGCGCGUCAUUGCAUGCCAUUUGGCAUUGCAACAGGCGCUCCUGCAAAGGGGCUCCUCGUCAAAGCAGAGCGAGUGAGGAUUGACCCGUGGGCUGCUGGUUACUACUGGGUUGUGUCCGCCCGGGACGCCCAUUUCGUUGGUGAUUGCCAACCA